AUGGCAUCAAUUGCCCGCUCCGCUCUGCUUCGGCAGACUACGGCCUUCGCCGCGCCCAGCACGAGGAUCGCUUCCGGCCUCAUGGCACAGGCUUCUCGGAGCUCAGCCAUCCAGCAACAGCUCGCCAAGAACGGCGCGCGCAUCGCCGCUUUCCACGCCAGCAGCAGGAGGAACAUCCUGCCUCCUCUCCCUCAAACUAUCAACGGCACCGUCAACGACCCUGCUCCCGUGCCGCCACCGCACCCGUCACACGGCUCCUACCACUGGACCUUCGACCGCCUGAUUGCUGCCGGCCUCGUCCCCUUGACUGUUGCACCCUUCGCCGCCGGGUCUCUGAACCCGACCCUCGACGCCCUGCUGUGCGCCACCGUCCUCAUCCACUCCCACAUGGGCUUCCAGAACAUCAUCAUCGACUAUCUGCCAAAGUACCGGAUGCCCGGUAUCCACAAGGCCGUCAUGUGGCUGUUGAACGCUGUGACCCUGCUGGUCGGCGUCGGCCUGUACGAGUUCGAGACCAACGACGUCGGCCUGACUGAGGCCCUGAAGCGGAUAUGGAAGGCAUAG